AUGAAGCCGCACGAAGUGUGCAAGCUCUCCUCGACGAAUGUCGCUCUCGACCUCUCCACCAAAACUUUCUUCUUCCUUGCAAAACUUCGGCAUCAGUGCUCACAGGACAUCAUGGCGUCCUUGAACACAGCACAGGAAGCCGAAACCAGCUCGGAUCGUUCUUCGGAAGCUUCGACGAGCUACAAAAGCAACCUUCCGGACAAAAAGACCUUCAUCGCAACGCUUUCAGGCGGUGCUUUCGUCUUCGGUCUAACGGGCGCGACAAUCUAUGGACUUCGAAAGGCGAAGUUGCAAGCGCUGAAAGAAGCACAGGAGCUCGCAGAGGCCGCUAAAGCUGGCGCAACGUCGGGCGGCAACCCAAGUGCUAUCGUGAUGGGGUCUAGAUCUGCGGCUCCUUCGGCGUUGUCACGACCUAUGGCACGAAAUGUCGGGCAAGCUGCGCCAGUCUCAGUAGAGGAGCAAGUGCCGGGAUCUACAAGCGCUUUGGCGCUCUUUAAGCAAAUGAACGCAGCCAUCAUGAAUCCGGCAAAGAGGGCAAAUCGGACGGUAGCGCCAACUUCGGUGUUCGAUGAUGAAACAGGGGCGCUGCCUAGCGUACUACGGAAACGAAAACCACAGUCAAACACUUCUGCACCAGCUCCAAGUAAUCGCCCUCAUGCGUCAAAUGUCGGCUCAACUGCAGCGACCUCUACUUCAGCCACAGCAACAGCCACAUUACCCUCGUCUGCCGAUCCCAAGAUCGACUACAGCGAGAUGGACUCGACGCUCGAUUUUCUCGGACUCUCCACCCCUGUCCCGGCAGAAGAGCAACGCAGAUUGCACGAGCUCGAGCAGACCGCUGCCGCCGACUCAAAACCACGAGGAUUCUUCGACUCUCCCGUCGGCCUGUCCCUCAAAGCGUUCCUGAUCGCCACCUCGAUCGUGACCUUUUCGACGCUUGCCACGGUCGAGCUAACAAAAUGGACGUUGGGAGUGGAGACGAUGGACGAAUUUGUAGUAGCGAUGACCAAGAUCAUCCCGAGCAGGACUCGCGGUGAAGAGAGUCUGCAGGGUGCUGCUCCGCACAUGAGGGUUGUACGCGAUCAAACCGAUCUUCCUACUACCACCGCAACCGCAUCAGCCACACCACCGAAAUCCGUCGAUCAAGCACUGACCGACCUCAGCAACGCCUCCAGCUUCGAAGAGUGGAUCUCGACGCUCAAAACUCAACUCGACACGGAACGCGAUUUCGAAGUCUCCCGUCGCUUCUCCACCCUCCCUAACACCAAUUCGAACGAUUCCAUCUCGACCUCUUCCAAGCCUUACACCAUCCACUCUCCUCUAGAAGAUCUCGAGAGCAACCACGACGACAACGAUGAUUCGACCCUCCGACGGAUGCUCUCCAUCUCUCCAGUAUUGCCGUCUACAGCGUUCGGAUUGGGUCUCGUAUCGGGCGUGUUGACGUUCGGUCGCAAAGCAGGGUUGGUCUUUAUGGCGGAAAACGCACAUCGAUUGCCGGACACGGUGCAGGGAUGGUAUUUUUACUCAAAGACGAAGAACUACAAGGUGCUGUUGGGUGCGGCAAAGGGGGGCUUGAAGCAGGGCGCGAGGCUGGGUGUUUGGACCACUGGAUUUUGUUUUGCUGAACGUAUGGCGGAGCUCACGCGGGUGGCGGUGCAGAGGCAGUUUACGGGCGGGAAGAGUGACGGGGUGAAGGUGGUGGGGCAUUGGACGGACGGUGCUUUGGCCGGCGUGGCGACGGCAGGGGCGGCGACAGCGUUGUACAGGUUGCCCAGGGCGAGCGCGGUGAGGGUGUUCCAAUUGGGGCUGUUGGCGGGGGCGAGUACGGGUGGAAUCAGGGAUCUGCAGGAGAGGCUGGUGCAUCGGGAAAUCGGUGGUGUUGCUAGUCAAACGUAG